AUGGAAGCGGAUGGAUCCUUCAGAGUGCACCGGACUGCCGCAAGUGGUGAGGCCACCGGGUGCGCCUUCUGCCUGCUGUGGAAGAUGGAGGUGAUUCCAGUCCAGGUGGGCCAGGCAGAGAUGAGUGCCCGGCAAUGGACGCUGGAGCUUCGGGCGCCUGUCACUGUGGUUUCGGCCCUGCCCGUGCCCUUCACGGUGGAGGUGACAGGUGCCACUGACGAGCCAUUGACAGAGACCCUGCAGCCGCAGAAGAAGCGUGAGAUUUAUUCCUGUCCGGCCGAGAUGCUCGAACUGUGUGUGUCCCUCUACGAUCCCCAGCUCUGGUCUAAGAAAGUGACACUCCGACCCACGGAGGGAGACGCCACUGAGACCAAGGUGCCCUUGGCCGUCCCGACCGGGUCGUCCGGCUCCAUGGGCAAGUCGGAGUUGAUGGUCUCGAUUGUGACGUCAUGGCCCACUGCCUCCAAGCCUGUCGUCAUUUUCGUUCACAGCCCCGCCUGGAUCGCCGACCACGUACGUUCGGAGCAUCUGCGGUUCAUCUACCCUCGGAAGGAGCGAUCCGCUUCCAUGAUCUCUGUUGGAAGAGUCUGGGAUCACAACUCGGCCCUGCGGUGUGUUCCGCUGCCUCCUUGCGACGAUGCGGCGAGUGAUGCCACUGAGCCUCGAAUGCUGCCCUUGGACUGCGAUGCCAAGUCUGUGGGCUUCAGGCUGCAGCAGACGGAAUUAUCGCAGGAAUUCAAGGUUGAGGCCCUUGGCCACACUGUGGUGCGGCUUUCCGCUGACAAGGGUGCCGAGAGCAAGGACGACGAGCCCGACUUCAUGUUGCUAGGCGUGACUACGACCGUGCAGUUCACCGAGCGCAUCGGUGACCUCAUCUAUGAGGUUCGGGUGCUCCAUGUGGCCCCUGCGCAGGUGGCCAUCAACGCCACUGGGAGGCCUCUUUGUCUGCGGCAAGCGAGGAGUCCGAGGUACCACUCUGGAUCCGCGUGCGCUACGCGGACGAAGCGCAUUGGCGCUGGUCUGGGAAGCUUCCCCUAG